UCCCCAAACCCCGCUACCCAUCGCAGGGGGAAAGCGGAGAGGAGCCUCCGCCGGGCUUUUCUUCCCCCUCCUCACCUCCCCCCCCCCCAGCGCCAAGGGGAGGGAGGGAGGGGUCCCACGCCGGAGAGGCGAUUGGCUAAUUGAGUGACACUUGUAGCCCGGGCUGGAGGGAAGGGAGGGAAGGAAGGAGGUCUGAAAAAAAAAAGAGUGGGGAGUUUUAAGGCGGUCGCGGAUUGGCUGGCGCAGGGGAAAAGGGCUCCGAAACUCCGGGGGAGAAAGUGCGCUUUCGCUCGCUUCGGGAUCCGCCGGGCAGGGAAGCUGCGCUGGGCUGCCCCGACCCAAGAGGCAAGUAACUUCGAGGCGGCCGGAGGAGGAGAGGACGCUCCGGGCGGGGGUCCUCCGUUUGCUCCCACUGGGGUUCGUGAGGGUCCCCCCCUUUUUUGCAGCCCUCCCGAAGAAGCCAGGCGGGCGGAGUGCGGACCCAUCGCCCUUUCCAUCUCUCUCGUCUUCCCAGCAUGGGCAUCGCUUUCCACGCGCAAGGUCGCGGCUGGGGCGCCCUGAGGAUGCUUUGGGCAGGCUUGGGCAUGUUCUCCUUCGUCCUCCUCCUGCCUGGCUUGGCCGGGGCCAACGAGUACGACUACGUCAGCUUCCAGUCGGACAUCAGCUCCUACCAAAGCGGGCGCUUCUACACCAAGCCCCCGCAGUGCGUGGCCAUCCCACCCGACCUGCGCCUCUGCCACAGCGUGGGCUACGACAAGAUGGUCCUUCCCAACCUGCUGGACCACGAGACCAUGGCCGAGGUCAAGCAGCAAGCCAGCAGCUGGGUGCCCUUGCUCAACAAGAACUGCCACUUUGGCACUCAGCUCUUUCUCUGCUCCCUCUUUGCCCCCAUCUGCUUGGACCGGCCCAUCUACCCCUGCCGUUGGCUCUGCGAGGCCGUGCGCGACUCCUGCGAGCCCGUCAUGCAGUUCUUUGGCUUCUACUGGCCCGAGAUGCUCAAGUGCGACCAGUUCCCCCAGGACGAUGUCUGCAUUGCCAUGACCGCCCCCAACGCUACGGAGGCGCCCAAGCCCCAAGGCACUGCGGUGUGUCCCCCUUGUGACAAUGAAAUGAAGUCGGAGGCCAUCCUGGAGCACCUGUGCGCCAGUGAGUUUGCCCUGAAGAUGAAAAUCAAGGAGGUGAAGAAAGAGAACGGGGACAAGAAAAUCAUCCCCAGGAAGAAAAAGGCUCUGAAAUUGGGCACCAUCAAGAAGAAAGAGUUGAAGAAGCUCGUGUUGUACCUCAAGAAUGGGGCAGACUGUCCUUGCCACCAGCUGGACAACCUCAGCCACCAGUUUCUCAUCAUGGGCCGGAAAGUGAAAACCCAGUAUCUGCUGACGGCCAUCCACAAGUGGGAUAAAAAGAACAAAGAGUUCAAAAAGUUCAUGAAGAAGAUGAAGGCUCCAGAAUGUUCCACAUUCCAGUCCGUCUUCAAAUGAUCGGCUGGGGCAUCGAGGAAAGGGGACAUGUUUUCAAUUUUUUCAUUAAUAAAAUUUUAAUUUUUUUAAUAUUUUAUAUAUAUAUAUAACAAAUAUAUAUAUAACAGGCCCUGAACGUGCACAGACUUGAGUGGAUGGUUCACGUAAAAUGUUGGCUUCUUCAACCUUUGUGGAUAACUGAUUCUUCUUCUGCCUUCUUCUCCAUUUGUGCCUUCAGAGUUUUCUCGUGUUCUUCUUGCCUGUUUUCUCUCUUCCCCCCAUCCCCAAUUCAAGGGCAGCCACUGGGGAAGGAAGAGGGCGGGCAAAGAAGUCAAGAUGGUGUCUGUGAUCAUGUGAUCAAAGUCCCACUUCCUUUUUUGACAUACAUUUUGUGCGACAUGUUAAAAAAGGGGGUGGGGUUUGGACUUCACUCAUGUGGUUGCUGCUGCUGUUUUUGAUUUUCCUGCACCCCUCCCGAGGUCUCUGUCCCAGUUAUAUCCUCAUUAGGGAAGGUUCAAAAUAUGCAAAUAUAUUUAUAUACUUUUGAGGGGUUGUGCCCAGAUCUCUCUACAACCAACUAGAAAAAAAAUCAGCCAUCUGCAGCACAUCUAUUGUAGCUUUCUGUUUUUAUAUAUAAAUAUAUAUAUAUAUAUAUAUAAACCUGACUUUUUAAAAAAAAUAGUAUAUAUCACUUUUCACCUGUUUUUAUUUCCCUUAAGGGACCGUUCCCCAAGUGCUGCUUCUUCCUUUUUCCUGGAUUAGUUCCAUAAAGAUGAUCUUAGUCAGGGAUAGUCAUGUGAGAAAAGACAUGUGUCAGCGUUCCAAAUAUCAUCCGGAAUUAAAUCAGAGUUCAAGGCAUAGCUUUCACCAAAGUUCCAAUUUAAUAAGAGAGACAUGCUGGUACAUCUGUGGAAUUCACAGUGGCGGCCUAUCCUUAACUUUACCAACUCGGUAAUUUUCAUGGCUGGGGUUACUUAUACACUUCCUGCACUUCCAGUCAGGUGCAAAGGCAAAGGAUGACCUUGGGCUUCUAGAAAGGAAUGUUUUAUUUUGACAAUAACAUUCUA